AUGCUUCAGCUUUGGAAACUUGUUCUCUUGUGCGGCCUGCUCACUGGGACCUCGGCAUCUCUUCUUGGAGACCUUAGCAACGACCUGAAUAAUGUUGUGGACAAGCUGAAACCUGCUGUUGAGAAAGGACUUGAGACCAUUGACAAUACAGUUGAAUCUAUCCUUCAGAAACUGAAGGCUGACGUGGCGGUGCUUCAGGAUUCUAAGGUUUGGCAGCUGGCCAAGCAGAAGCUGCAGGAAGCUGAGAAGUUGGUGAACGACGCUCUUUCUAAGGUCCUCUCACUUAAGGACGGGACUUUGAGCUUGAACAUCCUUAACUCCCGCAUCCUGAAUAUCAAAAUUGAACUGACUCCUGAUGGCGAAGGCAUUAACAUAAGGGUCCCCGUCACCGCUAAUGUCACCCUGGCUCUGCCUCUCAUUGGCAAGAAGGUCAACCUGAAGGUUUCUUUGGACCUCCUGACUAGCCUCAGACUUGAAACCGAUGCCCAGACUGGCAUCCCCAAAGUGGUCGUGGGAGAAUGCCUCAGUGACUCAGACAGCAUCUCCAUCACCUUGCUGGACGGCCACAGUCACCUGAUCAACAAGGUCCUGAACUCCAUGACCAGCAUCCUGGAAAAGACUGUGUCCCACCUAAUAGAGAAGGAUGUGCAAACUUCUCCUUGGGCUGUCAGCUGGAACCUGCACCCCUUUACUCAGCCUAGGGAGCAGGAGAGAGGAGCAGGGCCUGACAGUAGCUGA